GAACCCUAGAGGAGAAGCAGAGCAAGCACAGAGCAGACCCGAGCGAGAGAGAGAGAGAGCUCCGACACGCCAACGAGUUCACGAUGCGGACCCUAGACGAGAACGAGACGACGCUGGUGUUCGAGAAGCUGUUCAAGUUCACCGGCAACAACCUCAAGAACAUAGUCGAGAGCCCCUCCCACGAGGGCCCGGACCGGGAGCCUGGCCGCUAUUGCUUCCGCCUCAACAAGAACCGGGUCUACUACGUCAGCGAGUCCCUCGUCCGCCGCGCCACCAACGUCGGCCGCGAGAACCUUGUCUCCCUCGGCACCUGCAUUGGCAAGUUCACCCAGAGCGGCAAAUUCCACCUCAUCAUCCAGGCCCUCGGCAUCUUGGCGGGGAACGCCAAGCACAAGGUUUGGCUCAAGCCCACCUCGGAGAUGUCAUUCCUGUACGGCAAUCAUGUCCUCAAGGGCGGCGUCGGGAGGAUCACCGAUAGCAUCAAUCCAGGGGAUGGAGUUGUAGUUUUCUCGAUGUCUGAUGUGCCCUUGGGUUUUGGAAUUGCUGCAAGAUCUACCCAGGAUUGCAGGAAGGUCGAUCCAAAUGCGAAUGUAGUGUUGCAUCUGGCAGAUAUCGGAGAGUACUUGAGAAUGGAAGAUGAGCUUUAAGUUGAGCCGAAAUUAAUUACCAGACGAUCUGGACUAGAUCCAUUGGCCUCAUGUUGGUGGAAUUCAGUUUUGUAAGUGGGUCUUCUCUUGUUUAAACUAUAAACCUCGAGAUAUAAGAAUAUGUUUCUGAUUCAAUUCAAAUUGAUCUUGCCAUUGCCUGUU